AGAGAAAGAGACUGGAAUAAGAGAUAGAGAGAAAGAGACUGAAAUAAGAGAUAGAGACAAAGAGUGAAUCUGCUUGUGGGUUCAACAGGAACUUGAAUUUUGAGAAAAACAUGACAAUGGAAGCUGUUGCAACAAAUGGACCAGCCCCGGAACAAAGGAAGAAUAGGAUUCAGGUUUCUAAUACUAAGAAACCACUCUUCUUUUACGUCAAUCUUGCCAAGAGGUAUAUCCAGCAGCACAAUGAGGUUGAACUUUCUGCUUUGGGAAUGGCAAUCACCACAGUUGUUACAAUUGCUGAGAUUCUGAAGAAUACUGGAUUGGCUACGGAGAAGAAGGUUUUGACAUCCACAGUUGGAAUGAAAGAUGAAUCGAAAGGUCGCAUGGUUCAGAAAGCCAGGAUUGAGAUUGUGCUAGGAAAGACGGAAAAGUUUGACGCACUGAUGAGUGCCAAGGGACCUGCAAAGGGAAGCAACAACACUCCAGAUGAGAAUCAGUAGGAAAAAGAGAAUGGUAAACUGUUGUAGCUUAUUGUAUCUCGUAGAAAGUUUGUAUAAGAGGAAGAGUUAUGCUGCUUUUCCAGUUAUGCUGCUGCUACCAUUGAUUUUGUUAACGAGAGGAAGCCACAGCAACGCAAUCAUCAAAGCUGCUAGUGUGGAAAAUAUGUGGCUGUUAGCUGUAUUUUGCCUCCUUAGAGUUGUUAUAUGUUGCAGUUUCCUUCAAACAAUUGCAUCUUCUCAAGAUGGAGGAGAAACAUAGAUAUAGUUAACAGGAAAUGAAUACAGUUUUCCUGUUUGCUAGUA